GGGCCCAUCAGUUCAUGUGCAGCAUCGUGCAGAAGCGACUGCAGAAGUAUCAGUACCAGAUUCUCCUGAUUACCUCGCUUUGCGCUUACGUGGCAAUUUCUGAUCGAACAACCGGAGGAACCUGAUCCAUCGAACCUAACGUUAGCCGUCUCCCAAACAUAAGAUCAGUUCUUACUCUGGUCGUUCUAAUUUCGCGAACCCUGCGAGCGCCACCAACGCGCGCGGGGGUUUUUCUGCAGUUCUAGGCCUGCUCUCGCCGGCGAGAUCUCUGAUCAGAAUGUUGGUAAGCGUUCUUAUAGUGAAGUGCUGAAGUGCAUUGAACUUUCUUGGCAUGAUUGGGGUCAAAGAAUAGCUAGAUUCUCGCAUAUUGCCAUUUCAAGGGUUUAAAGCUCUGGGGCAGGUUUGGAGUGCUCUGUGACAUGCACUUCUUGCAUGAUUCUGUCGAUGACGGAAUGUGUAGAGGGUGGAAUAGGAGGUGAUCAGUGAUGGGAACUUUAUCUCAUAUAAGACAUUAGACGAAAACUCAGAUUAUGCUAUUUGUGGUCGUGUAUGAGCUACUUGUCUCUGGUUCUGCUCAUAUCAUUUCCAUUUCAAGAUGUGCGAGAUGACAGAUUAUUCAAAUAGCAAAGGUUCUUCAGAUCAGGAAGUUGGGACAGGAAUCAUGCCAAAGACUGAAGUUUUGGAUUUGGAUGUGCCAUCUGGGAGUGGGACAAUGUUCUCCAGGCAUAUUGGGGACAACGUUGCAAGUUCAUCUGGGAGCAAUAUAAGAUCAUCCUUUAUUGGGAUGGGAUUCUCAUCCUCUCUUGUUGACAAAGUGAUUUAUGAGAAGGGAGAAGACGAUGUUGACUUAUUGUUGGAGACUCUCUUUACAUAUUCUGCCCUUGAAAAAGCAAAUUCUGAAUCAUCUGAUUCUCUGGAUGGGUUAUUUAGUGACAUUAAAGAUGAAACCAGUCCUCCAGAGUUCACAGCAGAAAGUCAUCCAGAAGAGGCUCUCAAAAAGACUGAAUCAUCCAAUUCUUUGGAUGCCUUGUUUGGUGACAAGAAGGACGGGAGCAGCACUCAAAAAUUUGUAGCCGAUGUUCAUCCAAAAGAGGAACCUGACGUUUAUAAUCAACGUAAUGGUGACAAACGAGCAUCUUUGUUGAUGAUGAAUUUCUCUGUUGGUGAAGUCAAGUUUGCAAUGGAUAAACUUGGGGAGGAUGCUUCAGUUAAUGAGCUGGUAGAUUUCAUAAUUGCUGCUCAAAUAGCUAAAAGCUCUGAAAAGGAUGCUGGCAAUCCUGACUCUAGAGAAAAGAACGAGGAUGAUAAUAAUGAAGCCUUGUUUGGGACUAUGGAAAAGACCCUUCGUCUGCUCGAAAUGGGCUUUUCUGAGAAUGAAAUCUCAGCAGCUAUUGAAAAGUUCGGCUCAGAAGUUCCUAUUUCAGAGCUAGCAGAUUCAAUUUUUGCAGGUCAAUUUUCUGAUGCAUGUGUUGAAGAGAACAAGUGUUCCGGACUUGGUUGGGGGAUGGAGCCUGGCCUAAAACGCCAUUUUGAUAUGUUCGAAGUGAAAGCUGAGGAAUAUAGCCUAAAUGAUGCUUCUCACUUGAGGUAUACUGACUUGGACAGACAUCGUAAAGGAAAACGGCCAAAAAAUGAGUAUUAUGAUGAUUCAAGCACUUUCCUUGGCCCUGUGUCGUGGCUAGAAGAUAGAAAACCUGACCUUAAAGCCGCCAGCUGUUGGAUGCCUCCACCUCAGAGAGGGCUUCAUCGAGACAGAUUUGUAAUGGACAAACUGUCCAGUAACAACCUAGGCAGUAGCCUUGAUAAAAUAGCAGCUAAACCUCCAUAUUUCAUCUAUGGAAAUGUUGUGAAUGUUUCAAGCAGCUCUUGGGCAAAAAUAUCACAAUUUUUGCAUGUGCGUGAGCCUGAAUUUGUGAAUACUCAAUUCUUUUCGGCCUUGAGUAGGAAGGAAGGCUACGUACACAAUCUUCCCACUGAAAGUAGGUUUCACAUUCUUCCAAAGCCACCAAUGACCAUUGAAGAUGCAAUUCCACAUACCAAGAAAUGGUGGCCAUCAUGGGACACAAGGAAACAGUUGAACUGCCUAACUUCUGAGACUACUGGAAUAUCUCAGCUAUGUGAUAGGCUUGGAAGAAUUCUAACCGAUUCUCGAGGCCUCCUAUCCAUUGAAAAGCAAAAAGACAUACUUCAUCAUUGCUGGAAAUGGAAUCUUGUUUGGGUUGGUCAGUACAAAUUGACCCCCAUAGAACCUGAACAUCUAGAAUGCAUUCUGGGCUACCCAUUACAUCACACUCGAGGCCCCGAGUUCAGUUUCAUGGAAAGAUUAGAGUCACUUAAGCAUUGUUUCCAGACAGACACAUUAGGUUAUCAUCUCUCUGUCUUGAAGCCUAUUUUCCCUGGAGGACUGGCAAUUUUAUCACUGUUCAGUGGAAUAGGUGGAGCGGAAGUUUCGUUGCACCGACUUGGCAUUCAUUUGAGAGGGGUUGUUUCUGUCGAGACUUCCGAAGCGAAGCGGAGAAUUCUCCAGCGGUGGUGGCACAAUUCUGGACAAACUGGGGAGUUGGUGCAGAUUGAAGAUGUUCACCGGCUAUCAACAAGCAAGCUUGAGAGUUUCAUGAAGAAGUUUGGAGGGUUUGACCUCAUUGUUUGUCAAAACCCCUGCACUUCCUCUUCAAAAGGUUCGAAAAUGGCUGUGGAUAGCGAUACGCUUGCAGGUUUUGACUUCACAUUGUUUUGUGAGUUUGUUCGAGUUUUGCAAGGUGUAAGGAGUAUAAUGGAAAGACAGCAGUGACUUUUUUUUUUUAUCAGUGUCUAUGAGCUACAUUUGAAUCUAUUUUUUAAUGACUGGAUGUUUCCUUUCCAAAACUUGAGUACACCCAUCUCACCUCCUUUUUCCAGUCAUAUUAUGGAGGAGUUUGGCCUUUACAUUAAUAAGACCACACUAAUUUAUUCUGGAA